CCGGGCAGGGCCCCCUGCUGCCCACCGGCGGUGCAUGCAGCUCCGGGAGAAAGCGGGCGGGCUUUCGUGCAGCGAGGCGGCGCCGACUCAGCCCGGGCCGGAGGAAGCGCAGGGCAAUGGCGCUGAGCCCCCCCGAGAGGCCCGAGCCCCCGCACCCGCCGCCUCCCCACCCGCCUCAGCAGCAACAGGAGGACGACGACGACCAGGCCGAGCUCGACCCGCAGCGGCUGAGCGGCCUGGAGCCCGAGGCGGGCGGGAUCCCCCUGCACUCGCCCUGGACCUUCUGGCUCGACAAGUCACUUCCUGGUACCACAGCUGCUGAAUGUGCAUCAAAUUUAAAGAAGAUCUAUACAGUACAAACUGUACAGAUUUUCUGGAGCGUUUAUAAUAAUAUCCCUCCUGUGACAAAUCUGCCUCUCAGAUGUAGUUAUCAUUUAAUGCGUGGAGAAAGACGACCGUUGUGGGAAGAGGAAAGCAAUGCCAAAGGAGGCGUGUGGAAAAUGAAGGUCCCCAAAGACAGUACGUCUGCAGUCUGGAAAGAGUUAUUGUUAGCAACGAUUGGGGAACAGUUUGCAGACCGCUGUGCAGGAGGUAAGAAAUUGCUUUUCCCCUGCUUGCUUUUAUUUUGA